AUGCUUUUUGGAAUGCUUGGACUUGCCUGGGUAGUGACACUCCUAGCGCAGCCCACAUUCGUGUUCGACAACAACAUUACAAGAAUGUUCAAAUCUUACAAUGUCUGCAUUGGUUUCGACUCAUGGCCAGCGAGACCAGUUGCAGCUGCAGUAUUUACCUUGUGCGUGCCAGUUGUUUGCUUAACGGCUGCUCUUCAUGCUUUCAAGGCACACCAUGAUGAAGGUGGGCUGAAGCUCAUCAGAAAGGGAUGCUUGAUGGCAGGGGCAGGCGUGGGCAACGCAGCGCUGACCAUUGCGCUCGCGGUGCCGCCUGACGACUACCUCAAAUGCAUGAUUCAUACGCUGGGGUUUGCAUUUACUUUAUUCGGCCAAGGCAUCUUCAAGAUCGGACUGAUUUUGGAGUACUGGCUUCUUUGCAAGAAGCACUGGGAUGCUGGAAUGUGGAAUCGAGUAUAUUUCGCAACUCUGGUGUCGCAUGCUUGGGUUCUUGUGAUGGCCGUGUGCUUCCUCAUCUACCUGCUGCAGCUCAAAGAUUAUCACCCGAUAGUAGCCAGGAUACAAGGUGAUCGAAUCCCUGCUGUGACAGAGGGUGGCGUCCAGGUGGUUGGCGCGUGGGAGGGUUCUUUUCCCUUCACCUGGCCAGUGGCACAUUUGGUGGAGCCUGAUGGGUCAACUGUUCCAAUCACUGCUGAUGGAACCGGGAAUUUCUUGAUGUGCUGGACCUUCCUGGCUCCAAUCAUAGAGGUUCUGACUGUUCCGCGCAAGCUGCUGGCUCCAGGAGCCAGCAUUUCCUACGUCCCCAUGCGCAAUCUUGACGUCUGA